CCUGCCAUCCACGAGGACAUUUAAACUUUAAAGGGCCAAAGUGGACAGCUGGGUGUGUUCAUGCUGCGUGGGAGUGUGCGCUGUAUAAGCAUCCUCAUUCACUCACACACCGAAAGACAUAAGACACUCAAGGACUGUACCAUCUGAUCUCACACUUUAUUGAACUUUGGAUAACUUUAAUUUUACCUGCCAAAGACUCAAGAACCUUUGGAUAAACUAUCACCUACAAGCUUUGAGUCGACCAUCCCUUCAUGAGCCAUGGGUGCAUUUAUUGCCAAGAUGCUGCUCCCUACAGUCAGCAGCCUGGUGUUCCUGCCUACAGCCAGCGUGGCCGCCAAGAGGGGCUUCCACAUGGAGGCCAUGGUCUACUUUUUCACCAUGUUCUUCACUGCGAUCUACCAUGCAUGUGAUGGACCAGGUCUCUCCAUCUUGUGUUUCAUGAGAUACGACAUCCUGGAGUACUUCAGUGUUUACGGCACUGCACUCUCAAUGUGGGUCACACUUAUAGGUGAGUCCUGCUACACAGAAUGUGUUCUGGCUUGACUAGUUAAUAGCAGUAUUCAACAUUUCUACAUGUAUCUCUAUACAAAAAAUGUUUUUCUGGAUUGAUCUUUUUCACUACAGUCUAUUUCGGUACCAGAUAUUUAAAGGACACAAGCAAGCGAUGAAAAACACGCUCGGUUUGCAGCAGUUGGUGAUAACACAUGUUCAGGCUUUGCACACAAGUGCUCAUGAAGACUUGCACACACAGACAUAAAUACAUUUGCUUCUAACUCCCACCUGAUCCCCCAGAGGUUUUGCAACAAGGGCUUUAAAUCACGUGCUGCUAAGAGCCAAAUGCCCUGACAGCUGAUUUAACUGAUGGGGUCCUCCUGUGUCUGUGGGAAGGCUGCCAGUAAAAUAUUGAUCCAUUUUCAUUUUGUCACCUUCAUUUAAUCAGGAAGGGAAAUUCUUACAAUUAGAACUUCUUUUGCAAGAUGGUCUUGAACCAUGAUAGGACGCAUUCAGACUGUUUUCAAUCUUGAAAUUAUUUAUAUAAAACCUUUAAUGUUUAAUAGUGCCGACAA